CUUGUCGUACUUAAUGAUAGGAACUAUAGAGUCGCUGCUCUGGUUUCCACACGGACUGCUUCACCCAACUCGAGUUUGGUAAACGUCGUGCGUUUAAAACCAACAUCGGCAGCUCCCUCUUGGGUGUUACUCCCGUUUCCAUUGCAAGUCGAGACUGUAGCCAUCAAAGGAAGCUAACAUAAUGCAGCCCUCUGGGCCUUGUCCAGAGUGUGGUUCUUCACAGAUUGUGGAAGACUCUCUGUACUCACAGACUCAGUUUGUGUGUGAAGACUGUGGGGCAGUGGUCAGUGAAGGACUACUGACCACAACAUUGUCUGAAGAGAAGCAUCUCAAUGAAGUGAAAUUUUCUCGUCUCCCAACAGAAAAGCAGCCCGGUCGAGGUCAUAUACAAGGUCUUCAGCGAAUUCGCAGUCUUUGCCGCAUCCUUCGUUUUUCUUCUAACAUAGAAGAAUCUUCUGAGGUUCUCUUCAAAAAAGCCUAUUAUCAUCCAGCAUUUCUGAGUACUCAUGCGGAGAAAAAGGAGGCUUUGGCAGGCUGUUGUGUGUUAGUUGCCUGUCGCCAGAAUGACUGGCCCAUUACGAUGGGAACAAUAAGCUAUCUUUUACAAGCAAAUGGUGAGGUGAUGCACAAAGUUUACACAGAGCUGGUACAGAAGCUUCACUUGGAAACUCCACCUACUGAUUUGACUCAGUUGAUUGAGAGCCACUGCAACAGCUUCAAGCUUUCACCAAGCUCCUGUCCAGAUCUUUUCAGUGAAUGCACUACACGACUUGCUAAGCGGGCUUCAGAGCUGUUGGAACUAGCAGAUGAAACUUGGUUGGUUACAGGACGUCAGCCGGUGCCCAUUCUCACAGCAGUCACCUACAUGUCCUGGUUGUCUCUCCGUCCCAUUGCUUCUCGUCUUAACAUCUCCCUCAUCAACUUUUGCAAAAUAGCUAAAGUACCUGUUCCAGCACCUGCUUCAAAACGGCUGAUAGAACUUCAGGAUGUUCUUUGUAAGCUGGGUCAAGGGUUACCAUGGCUUCGAGGAGUGAAACUUGACCGGAAGUCUGUGGCCAAGUAUACUGAGGACAUUCUCAAACAUCGUGGAAUACUGCUGCGGCAAGCAAUGAGGAAGUAUGAGGAAGAAUGGGAGAAUGAGCAGAAGUGUUCCUCAGUAUUAUUGUCUGACAGUGAAGAAGACAGCCAAGGCCCACCCUUGAAAAAGACUAAAUUAGACGAGCCUUCAGAGAGAGCAGCCAGUGGAGAUCAAGUCUCAUCAAACACUUCUGGACACAAAGGAAAGGAAGUGGGCUUAAAUUCAGAAAAGGAAAAAAGUCAGUGCCCCUCCUUGUUUCUGCCUCCUUGUUUACAAAAUCCUCACCCCAGAAGAGAAAGGGAAGUAGUGGCAGAGUUGGAUGUAUUUGGGGAUGAGGAAAUUUUGGACAGUGAAAUUGACAUGUACAUCCGCACACCAGAGGAAGUUCAGGCUUUGUGUCGGGCUCAAGCAAAGCUUAUGAAGUCUAGCUAAUACCAUCCAUUCAUUGCAUUCGCGAGGAGCUUGUAUGAUUGGAGGGGGCGUUAAGUUGUUGAGCAUGUAGAAUUUGUUUUUUUUUUUUUUUAUUUUACUGUUUUCAAAUUUAUAUAAAAUGUUUUAGUUAAAUUUUAAGAACAGUGUUUGAACAUCAGUUUUUGUUAAAGGUGAAGAUAAUGGGAGUCAUUUAGUUUUUGUGCUACCCCCAGUUUAUAUGUCUGCAUAAAUUUAUUUUAAUCCUCUGUCAUGUUUUUAUUUUUUCCUCUUACAUAUGUCCAUAAUGAGCUUGAAUGCUGUCUGUAGUUUUUGUGUGCAUAUCAAAACCACAAAUGAACCAAAUGAAGGAAACUGUGUUGAUAUCGGGGGAGAAUGGGUUAUUGUCAUUCAGCUGACAUUAAAUUUGCACUGGACAUAGGACUUUUUAAUAUAGUUUAUUUGUAUUUUGUACAAACCAGCUAACAAAAUAAAUCUUCUGUGUAAGGCACUUUUGCAAUAUGGGCAACUAAAACAAAUAUAAAAACAAAAACAAAUCACUCGCCCUGAUACAUUACUAUACAUAUUUGGCUGCAUUAAAUAGAUACACAUUUUGGCUUUAUAAUCCCAUUUGUUCUGAACAACACCGCUACUGUAAGUUGUGCAGAAUUGCAUAAUUGAGAGGCAGGUUUCUUUUCUGAUAGUUCAGAACAUCAGGUAUGUGGCUUUUCUCAGAACUAUGUAAGAGUCUUAAUAUUAGACAAUAACACAUCAGUAAGUGCCGAGUCUUGACUCACUGUGCUGUCCGGCUUUACUGCGGCUGCUAGGUACACACCAUGUGUUUGGAUUUCAAUUAUCACAGCUACACAUCUCCAAUAAAAAUGAUUAUUCUGACAAGGGAUACUCGAGCACAAGAAAGGGCAAGCAUUAGCGAUUAAAAUCAUCUCAUUUCCUGUUAACCGUAGUCCGUCAGCUGAUGAUGAUGAUGAUUCCAUUGAAGUUGUAC